CGUUUCGCGUUAACGUCAGGGAUCAGGAAGGGCAGUGUCUUGACGGCAGACGAAGAACGUUACGCCUAUGUGUUCAUUUUAAACAUCCAAAUACGCAAUUUUUCCUCUGUUUGUCUGCAGCCAAAGCUCGACGCCUAAGGUACAAGCACCCUCUGGCAGACAUGUCAUACGGCAAAGCAGAUACCUACCGCCGUGUCCCACGGGACUUCAACACCCUCAUACAGACAUGCAGCUCCAACAUCCAGAAGAUUACACAGAACACUGCUCAGAUCAAGAGCAUGGUGAACCAACUGGGGACCAGACAGGACACCAGCGAACUCCAGGAUCGUCUGCAGCAGAUACAACACUAUACCAACCAACUGGCAAAAGAAACCAACAAGCACCUGAAAGAGUUGGGAUCAAUCCCUUUGCCCUCAUCACCCUCAGAGCAAAGGCAGCAAAAAAUCCAGAGGGACCGGCUGAUGAAUGAUUUCUCAGCAGCUCUCAACAACUUCCAAGCAGUCCAGCGGCAUGCAGCAGAGAAGGAGAAGGAGUCAGUAGCCAGAGCGAGAGCUGGAUCCCGCCUAUCAACUGAAGACAGUUCUCGGGAUGAAAAGCUUGUUUCUUUUGAUAACCAAGAGGACUGGGGUCAGAUGACCACCCAGACAGAGGAGGUGGCUAUCACAGAGGAGGACCUGGAGCUCAUCAAGGAGAGAGAAACCAACAUCAGACAGCUGGAGUCUGACAUCAUGGAUGUAAACCAGAUCUUCAAGGACCUGGCAGUGAUGAUCCAUGAUCAGGGAGAAAUGAUUGAUAGCAUCGAGGCAAAUGUGGAGAAUGCUGAAGUUCAUGUAGAACGAGGAACAGAGCAGCUCCAGAGAGCCGCAUACUACCAGCAAAAGUCCCGGAAGAAGAUGUGUAUCCUUGCUAUGGUUUGUUCCAUCGUGCUCAUCAUACUUGGCAUCAUUAUCUGGCAAGCUGCUAAGUGAUUUGACUCCGUGCAACCGUUGUGUCACUACUAUAUUUUACUCUGCCCCCUCCCACCUGCAAGUACCUGCUUGGAAUCACGAGAAGAACAAGAAGAGGCUGAUCACUUCACCAAGGUCAACAGAGGAGCUCUAUGCAGAGGGAUUGUCAAUGUGGAAAACAUACUCAUCUGAACUGAUCAAACCCGUUUUUGUAAAAUAGCUGAAAAAGAAUCCUAUUUAAUGUGAGAUGAAGAGGUUGGAGGACUGUGGUAGUGUAGGGGAGUGAUUUAAGAUAUGAGACUCCUUAAUUUGCUUCAUUCUUUAAUUUCUUCUCUUAUUUACUGCACUAACACUAGCUGUUACUGUAUUUCAAAUGUUUAAAUGUUAUUGGCAGUGAUUUGAGAACAGGCAAAAUGAAAAAAAAAACGGCUUGUUAAAGUAAACAAAUCUCUGGUUUUUAGGGGCUGUAAAUAAUGUUUUUUUUUGUUUUUUUGUUUUUUUUGCCUGUUGUUGUGGCAUCUUCUGAUGUAAAUUGUGUAGUGCCACAUGCCCUGCUGUGGCUCCUGACCUCCACAGUAACAUUACAUGGGACUUAUAUGACUUCUGGUGGUGAUGGCAGCCGUGGUUGUAAUAUACAUGUUGUAAAAUUAACAGGUUACCAAUAUGAAUCAAAUCCAUGUCUGUAAAUAUUACAGUGCUGCAUUAUAUUCUAAGAACCUUAUGGAUGAUAAAUAAUGACAGUAUCUCAAAAAUUAAACUCGAGUCUUCAAAUAAAGCAUUUUUAAAUUGAUUUCUAUGACUCCCGGUAUGCAUAAUAAAUGUCUUAAACACU